UGGACUUUGCAAGUCAAGUUGGACGUGUCCGUGCUCGGUGCACGCCUCGCCACAGCCUCAAAAGUGCUGACGGCGUGCACCGCCGCACGCUGAAACAAGAAACGAGGGUUUUCCGCGGGAGGCGGACACAACCUGCAAGAAUGUAAAUCAGGAAGUAGAGAAUCUCCGCUGCGGCUUUUUGGAAUAGCAACUCGCAGUCAAACGGAAGACUGUUUAGAGAUAGUGAGUGAGUGGAAAAGCAUCGGCCCUCCCUGCCAUAAAUGCGGCAUGGGGCGUUUCGGCGUGCGCACACGGCUCAGGUCUGUCGGUGAGAGCCGUUUAUUCUUAGUCCGAUUAAGAUGUUUGGGGUUUUAAUUUUAGAUCUGAUUCAUGGUCGGUGUCCAGCCUGCAAUGGCAAGUCCUUGGAGCAGCUUGCUGCCGAGAUUUCACCCCUCACUGCAGGAGACGCACUCGUUUUCUUACUGUGUGGGCGAUAUUUCCAGCAGGCGAACGGCGGCAGCAGCUGCGGCUCCGCUCCGCUCACCGAGCCGCUGCUCAGCGGGAGGAGGAGCGUCCACGUCCUGGACUUUGACACCAUCACGGAGUGUCUGUGCCGCCUCAAGCAAACCGUGGACGAGCUGGACCUGAGCUCAGUCGCGGUUCUAACGAGCCGGCAGGGUAAAGAGAUCCUGCUCCUGUACCAGAAGCAGCUCUUCACAGAGGUCUACUCCUUUGAGUAUUACACGUCUGAAGACCAGCUCACCUGUCAGAGAUGCAGCCUCGCCCACACCGACUCACCUGGCGACAGGGUCAACAAAGAGGUGACCACCUUCCUGCAGCAGCUGCCUGCACUGAAGGGAGAUGUCACCACUCUGACAUCCACACUCAUUCCAGCAGACUGUUUUGGCCACGGCUUCAGUACCCGUGCAGGCGGGGUGUGCUCCAUCCCAACUCUGUCCUCCUUGAAUCUGUUCAGCAGCAGCAAGAGAAGAGAUGGCCGGGCCGUGGUGGAGGAGAACAGGCGCCGACUGGCUGUCCACGCCGGCUUCCACCCUCAACCACUACACAUGGUCAAGGUGAACCAUGCCAGUGAUGUGUGGGUUAUGGGGAAAGCCGAGCCAGACAGCUACGAUGCAAUUGUGACCAAUCAGGCCGGGGUUGUCUUAGCGGCUCCAGGGGCCGACUGCAUGCCCAUCCUGUUUGCUGACCCAGUGUUGAAGGUCAUCGGAGCCGCUCAUGCAGGUUGGAAAGGAACCCUGAUGGGUGUUGCUAUGGCGACAGUAGGCGCAAUGGUGAGGGAAUUUGGUUGCCAGGUGAGCGAUAUAAUUGUGGCAGUUGGGCCGUCAGUGGGGGCGUGUUGUUUCACCCUGGGGAGAGAGCGGGCUCCGGACUUCGCCUGCAUCCAUCCUGACUGUGUUCUUGAUCCACAUUCAGCCAGACCUCACGUCAACAUCCGCCUCGCUAACAGAAUUCUUCUCCAAAAAGGUGGGAUCCUGCCUGAGCACAUCCAUGAUGACACGGUGGCGGACAGGCCCUGCGUGACACCCUGCACCUCUUGUCACCCUGAGGCUUUCUUCUCCCACGUCCGGGAUGGACUCAACUUUGGCACCCAAGUGGGCUUCUUGUGGAUCAAAUGAGCAGGACGAGCUUCAGCGGGCAGAACAGAUUGGCCUGUGGCAGACUUUUGUUAUGGUCAAAUGAAGGCAUUUUUAUCUAUAUGAAUGAUAUGGAAAAUAAUCCAUCAUAUAUAACUCUGUAGCUCUUAUAUCUAUUUCUUCUCCAAAAACUGCCUUUUACAUGAUGGCUCUAGGGUCAUAGAAAUAUAUAUUUAUAGCAAUUUUCAAAUUAAAUUUGUUCAUUUUGCUGCUCCUGAACUAUAAAAUGUAAACGUAGACACGAUCAUUGUUAACAUUUUAAUGGAUUCGGUUUAUCAUGUAAAUAUAUUUGUAAGUAAAAUAUUUAAAACAACCUCAUCUCAGGACUGCUAAGUUUGCACAGUACAUUGCACCAUUUUUUAAAAUUUUCUCUUUCACUUUUCAAAGUCUUAUGAACUGUAACGUAAAACAAGCUUUAACUGCGUUCAGGUUCCAGCUGAGUAGAUUUUAUUUAAUAGUGAUAAUUAAGAGCAGCAGUCCCUCUUAAUGUGUUUCUAAUAAGGAGGGCAGG